AUGGAUUUCGCAAGCUUCGGCAAGGGUAUCUCCAACUUUGGAUCCCAGAUCACCCCCUUUGCGUCGCGCACCUUCCAGUACACGAAGGAGCAGCUUGGCCAGGCCGAGGACAAGACCCAGCUCCCCCCCGACUACAUUGACCUCGAGAAGCGCGUCGAUGCCCUCAAGCAGGCCCACCAGAAGAUGCUUGCCGUGACCUCGCAAUACUCGAACGAGGCCUACGACUACCCCCCCAACAUCAAGGAGACUUUCCAGGACCUUGGCCGCACCGUGAGCGAGAAAGUCCACCUCCUGUCCUCCGCUACAUCCCCCGCUGAGGCUCAGGCUGCCCUGGUUGCUCCUCCUAGUGCCAAGCCUCAGCCCAAGACCUUCAGCCACGCCGUUGCUCGCGCCAGCUUGUCUAGCAGCCACCUGUUGCAUCAGCGCCAUACCGGUGCCGGCGAGGACCCCCUGGCUACCGCCCUUGAGAAGUAUGCGUUGGCCUCGGAGCGUGUUGGUGAGGCUCGCCUUGCCCAGGACUCCCAAAUCCAGAGCCGAUUCCUCGCUGGCUGGAACACAACUCUCAACACCAACCUGACCUUUGCCACCCGCGCCCGCAAGAACGUCGAGAACUCCCGCCUUUCCCUCGAUGCUGUCAAGGCUCACGCCAAGGGAACUACCUUCAAGCUUGGCACCGGCUCGAACACCGGUGAUCAUCCUGAUGAGCACGAGCUCAGCCCCGAGGCCCAGGAGGAGAUUGAGAAGGCCGAGGAUGAGUUUGUGACACAGACUGAGGAGGCUGUUGGCGUCAUGAAGAACGUUCUUGAUACCCCUGAGCCCCUCCGCAACCUGGCCGAGCUCAUCGCCGCCCAAAUCGAGUACCACAAGAAGGCCUACGAGGUGCUGAGCGAGCUCGCACCCGUCGUUGAGGGUCUGCAGACUGAGCAAGAAGUGGGUCGCGCCUCUGCCUUUUGA